CCAGCAAAAGCUUGGUCAAUUGGCAAGAUGACUGAAGUCCGCAACGAAAACGAAUUCUGCUUUGGCAUCGAUGAGGCGCGCGUGCUCACGGGCAUGGACCUCUUCUCGACGGCCGACCUCUUCGCUGUCUUUGAGGCCAACCUCGACGAGAACAAGUGCUUGACGAGCGACGCGUUCAACACCAGCUUCCGCACGAUCGUCAAGACCAAGUACGAGUCGGCGCCCGCCGAGGCCCAGCGCAUCAAGGUCAUCAUCAACCGCCUCUUCGACGUCCUUGCGAGUGGGCCCGACACGGUCGAGUUCCGCCGCCUCGCCUGCGGCCUCUCGGUCUUCUCCAAGGACCCGCAAGAGGUCAAGGUCCACGCCGCCUUCCAGCUCUACGACACGAACGGCGACGGUGUCCUCUCGUUGGAGGAGAUGAUCGACUACUUUACGUGCGUCUUUGCCGUUGUGUUUGCCCUGGACCCGAUGCGCCAAGCGGCCAUGGGUGGCAUUCCGUCGGUCGACCUCGCGCAGAUCACGGCCAAGCAGGCGUUCGCCGACGCCGACAAGGACGGCAACGGCGAGAUCUCGUUCGACGAGUUCAAGGAGUGGUUCAGCGCGUCGCCCACUGCGUAAGCGUCUCUUUGCUGUGUGCAACAUCGAAUGAUACCGUUUUGAAUGCUUGGGUU